CCGGCCCUGCCCUCGGCCCGGGAUGUGCUGAGGGCCGGAGAGCGAGGGCGAUGGAGCCGCUGGAGACCAACAGCAGCUGCGGCAACGGCUCUCUGAUCACUCUUUCGUGCCUUUCCCACCGGGUCGUGUGCCAAGUGAUCAGCAGUGCUGUCCCAGCUGACCUUGUCCAGGACAAUGGGACUUCAGGUAAUUCCUGGAUAACUCAGCUGGAAAACAAUUAUGGAUUCUACAUUGGCCUGGGCUUGGCUGUCUUCUCCAGCUUCCUCAUCGGGAGCAGCGUCAUCCUCAAGAAAAAGGGAUUGCUACGGCUGGUGGAGAAGGGAGGCACCAGGGCAGGAGAUGGAGGCCACGGCUACCUAAAGGACUGGCUCUGGUGGGCUGGCUUGUUAACCAUGGGUGGAGGGGAAGCUGCCAACUUCGCUGCCUAUGCCUUUGCUCCUGCAACUAUUGUCACACCUCUGGGGGCUCUGAGCGUGCUCAUAAGUGCCAUUCUGUCCUCAUAUUUGCUUGGAGAACGGCUCAACCUGCUGGGAAAGCUGGGCUGCCUGCUGAGCCUGGUGGGCAGCACUGUGAUGGUCAUACACGCCCCAGAGGAUGAGGCAGUCACCACUCUGGAGGAAAUGACUUCCAAGCUGAAGGAGCCGGGUUUCCUGGCUUAUGCUUCGAUCCUCCUGGCUCUCUGCUUCCUCCUGAUCUUCUACCUCGCCCCCCGUUAUGGCCAGAGCAACAUCCUCGUCUACCUCACCAUCUGCUCCGUUAUCGGCGCCUUCUCCGUGUCCUCAGUCAAGGGCUUGGGAAUUGCCAUCAAGGGCUUCUUUGCUGGCCAGCCUGUGCUGCAGCACCCACUGACCUGGAUCCUGGUCAUCACGCUGGUGGCAUCCAUCACCACACAGAUCAACUACCUCAACAAGUCUCUAGACAUUUUCAACACCUCUUUGGUGUUCCCCAUCUACUACGUGCUGUUCACCACCAUCGUCAUCACCACUUCCAUCAUCCUCUUUAAGGAGUGGGUCACCAUGACCGUGGUUGACAUCAUUGGCACAGUCUGUGGCUUCCUCACCAUCAUUUUGGGGGUGUUUUUACUCCAUGCUUUCAAAGACAUGGAUGUCAGUUUAGGGAAUUUACCCCAAGUCCUUCAGAAUGAGCAGCCAGCGCCGGUCACCAGAGAUGACAAGAACAUCCUGAUAGAGGUGGACAACUCCAGCAUCGCCCCAGAGGAUAAACCCAAAACACUUGCAUGAACUCUAAAAUACACACCAGCGUCUCAAGAGGAGGUGGGAGACAAGGACUGAACGGUGCUAUUCAGACUCGGCUCAUCCAUGUUUAAUCACUUGCUCUGCAAAUAAGGGGACGUGAAUAUGGGCAAAAUAUGGUGAAUUUUGCAAUAGCUGCUCACUCAGGCUCAGUGGCAGGACUCAAGCCAUGGAGCAUUUUUACAGAGAGAUCUUUUCCAGCUUCUGUUUUUUUGUGAGGUGCAGGAGUUUCCCUGGAGCAGUGUUAAUUAUUUUUAUGGGAGUUUUUUUUGUUUGGGGUUUUUUAUUCCUGAGAUGCUCUGGUACCUAAGCCUUGGUGAAGUUGCUGGGCCUGACCCAGACCCCACCGGAAGAAGGGCAAUCCCUGCUCAGGUUGGGGAGCUCUGGCAGGGCAAAACCCAGGUCAAGAGAAACUCUACCACUGUCUCCAAGAUUUCUCGUGACAAUUUUUCCAGUCUGAAAGACCAAGUGGCUGUAAAUGUUAAGUAUUUUUCCCUCAGGAAAUACCUUGACCUUGAAAAACCCCCCAAAUUCUUUGAGCCCUAAGAGGUGUCCCGCUGUCCUCUGAAAUGCUCACCUGAUUAUAUUUGGGUGUGACCAUCACUGAGCAAAUACAAUGUGGGCUUUGGGAGAGAGGACAAUGCAAUCUAUUUUAAUAACAUUUCAGUGCUAUCUUUUUGGAAUGUGGGAAGGGAAAAAAAGGGUUUUUUUAAAAAAAAAAACCAACAACGUAGUUUCAGGUGGAUCUGAAAGUUUUUCAUUACUUCAUCUUACUGGUGUAGCCCUAAAGGAUGAAGAGGCUGAGAGACAGCUGAGAGCAACAAAAAGAGCAUCUGGAGCAGAGUAAAACAGCAGCGACCUCCUUUGGUGGCAGAAAAUAAUCCAAGUCACUCACUCCAGCUUUGGUUUUGGCAUCCUAAUCAGCGUGGUGCUUUUGUGCAUUUUAUUUUAGAAAAUGGCUGUAAAUGGGACUCAUCUUUCUUCACUCUAGAAGUGCAUUUCUUUAAAGCAAUCCUGCCAUCCCUGGAGAAAUACCAUGUAGAAAAUGAAGAUUUGAACUGAGAUAAUGAAAUAAUAGACAGUGAAAGAGUAUUUGUUAAUGACAACCAACAAAUUUUAUUAAAACUAGGCAAAAGGCACAAUGAAUUGCAUUCUUCAAGUAUUUGCAUAGAUGCAUAGAGAGCAUUAUUGUAAACCAUUAACAUCUGGACGGGAGAAAGUGAGAUGUAUUUUUUUAUAAGUUCUCCUAAGUAAUAUUAUCUUUCAAAAAAAUCAGGUUUUACCAUCUUUUACUCCUCCUACAGUUCCCCUGGUCUCAUUCACUCAAUUUGCACACAUCUGAAAAUUUAAAAGGACUUACUUAAAAUUACCUUUUGGAGAUUUUUGUGAUAUUCCAGCAAUAAAGUUUUCUAUUAGAGUUUGGGCAUGUCCAGUUGUUCUCUGAGCACUGUGUGUCCAGGGGCAUUUUUUGAGACCUUGAUCCCAUGCUCACAUGAAAUGCAGUGAAAAUCAUUUUAGUGACUUUUAGUGGCCAUUUGCUGAAGAUCAGGUGGUGGAGCAGAAGUGCUGCUGCCCUCAGUGCAGGCUCAGAUAUGAGAUCAAGUUCUUGUGGUUGAAUCAACAAUUACAGUGUAUGUACAGUCCUGCACUGUGAGCAGCCAAACCUGCCAUUACAUACCAAGAGACAACAAGUUUGGGGGUUGUUUGAAUGCACAUCUUUAUAUGUAAUAUACCCCAACUAUGGAAAAAGACAAAAGCUGUUGCCUUUUCCUUGCCCUCCCUCAUUUCAGAAAGAAGUUUUUUAGAUUGGUUUGUUUUCCAGGCACAUAGAAGGUAAGAAAAGGUUUGAAACUGAUAAGGAAUAAUCUGUGAGAAUUUCAAGACACACCAUGUGAACUGUUUCCUUGUGGAGAAAGAGGUAGUAAAGUUGUGAAAACUAAUGUGACUUAAGUCAUCCUACAGAUACACUUCUACAUCUAACUACAGAUUUAAUGAGUUCUUAGGGUUUAUCUGGGAUUUCUUUAAUGAGCAGAUCUUAGGGAAAGAGAACCAGCAAACAAGACUCCUUUUCUUUAUGCCAAUAAUACAGUUUCUCACAUGUGGAACAGCAGUCAUGCUCUUUGAGGAUUUGUCUAUAAUAAAUGAGACACAAGAGGACUGUUGUAACCACAGCUCCAGAUUUCCCUGUGUUCUCCUAGGAAAUAAUUUCAAGAAAAAAAAAAAUCUGGCAUAACAAAAGAUCUUAUUUUUAAAAUCCUGAGGAAAUUAAAAAAAAACAAUAAAAAACACAUACAAAAGCCAAACUAUUAGGAGAAGAAAAAACUAAAUUCAUAAGGGAGGGUCCUCAGGGUCAGAACCAUCAGCUGCUUAAAGUGCACACAGACAGCUCUCUCCAUCCAUGGCCUGGAGAAAAAGCCUGGAGGAAGAGAGCUGCCCUACAAAAGCACCAUGUGUUGUGUUAAUAUUUUGGCUGUUUCCCAACCUGGCCAUUCUUCAGGUAGGUUUCUCACUACUUUGGGGAGCAGACAGCUGAGUUACAGCUCAGCACAGACCAAAGCCUGAGGAGACACAUGCAAAACCAUCUCCUGCUCACGGUACCGCACGCUGCAGAGGGGUCUCAGCACUGCCUUCUGCUGAGCUUCCUGCUGGCCUUUUGCUCUGGAUCUGGGCCUGAGCUACCCUGUCGUACCUUGAGUGUGUCCCAAUGCCAAGGAUUGGAGCUCAUGGGCCAUGCUGGGGCUGCUUUUGGGAUUUAUAGCACCAAGGGAAGACAGGCAAGUGCUGGAGGACAGAAGGGUUGCAAUGCUCCUGCUGAGGAGGGUUAUGUGGGGAAAACAAUCCCCUCUGCUAAAGCUGAUCAAAACCCACAGUGGCUCCACAAAUUAUAUUUCUACGGUUGGGUCCCUGUUGGGGCCCCACUUGCCACCCCCUGUAAACAGAGAAUAAACUGAAGAAUGUUAUCACCAGCUGCCUUGUGCUCUCCCCAGAGGCAGUGGGUUCUGUAUAGCACCAAUAUGCUCCUGCAGCUGCAUGGGGGGGCUGAGGAAGCCAACAGGGCUCACAUGAAAGCCCAUCGGGGCCAGCACCUGCACUCACAGCUUGUUCUCCCUGGUAACACUUAAAUAACUGAUUAAAAACACGUGAAACCCCCAUCACCCCAUCCCUGCACUGGAUAUUGCACAACAAUAUUUAAAUACCGUAUAAACAAGUCAUCCCUACGUGGAAAAGGCAGAGAGGGUCCAGCUGAGCCUGGCGUGUACCUGGGGCAGCCCUGCCAUGCCUGACUGCAGCCUGGGGAGUCACAGAGGAAACAGGGGUGGGGCAGGAAGAGGGGAACUGAGACACUGUCCUGGCAGUGAAGGUGUGAGUGUGGUUUUGGGUGAUGAAGGCCAUCCAGUGCCC